ACCUAAUUCGGCACUGUUUGUAUUUGAAGGAAUUAAAUCUCUUUGUUGUCUUUUCGGUUCUGGAUUGUUACAUAAGUUUGAUACUGUUUAACUAGACAAGAAAAGAAAUGUAUUAACAGCAUGUAUGCGUUAAUUAAAAUGUACUAAUUAUAAUUGAUUUGUCAUUGCCACAAUUACUCGUGUGACUUUCAAUUAGAGGUUUAUACCAUGUUUGCAGUGGAGAAGUAAAUGUGAAAUUAACAUUUCAAAGGGAAUUUAUAAAUUAUGUUUCACAAGAGUAAAUGAAACCUAUAUUGGUUAAAAAUGUUGGACAAAAUCAAGAUUCUAAUUGGUUUGAAGUUUUCGUGGUUUGUCAUAGUAAUUAUAAUUGUGCCGACGAUCGGUUUUAACCAACAUUAUAAAUCCAGCGCCAAGCCAAUUAAGAUUUCAACAAAAGAUGGUGUUUUAUUUUGUGGCAGCUCAAGGAUCCAUGGUAAUGCCAGCCUUCACGGAAGAUGUAGUCCAUGUGGGGCCAUUAAUUCGGAUGAAACUUCGCUGUUAUCCAAGUCUAAAUAUGACGUAAACGGCGAAAUAGCUCAUAUUAACUUUUCGAUACAUUCUUCCAUUAAUGGGCAGCUUUAUUUCCGAUUUUGUGAGAUUUCCAAUUUAAAGCACUGCUUAAAAAAUGACAAGGUCUAUAUAAAGGAGAGCUCAGAAAGAAUGUACAACUUCAGUGCCGGAAAUCAGACAGUUUCAUUACAUCUUCACAUCCCUAAACAAUUCAACAAUGGACAAUAUCUACUGCAAUCUAAUGUUAUACUGAAUCUAGUGCAUCUUGUUAAUUGUGUUCCUGUUAUAACCAAUAACAACGCAGACAAGCAUUCGUUGCAGAUCAACGAGGAACGCAGGACCAUAGAUAUGGAACCAGAUGGCUUAAUAGAUGGUUAUGAAGGUCUUCAUGACCACAACUUACCAGAAAAUCAUUGGACAGAUCAGCAAAACAAUUCAAAUGGGAUAAACUAUAAGCAAAAGAAAACUUUACUAGAAAUUCCGGAUAAUGAACUGGCUGCCUUAGAUAAUUACAAUAAUACAGUUCAAAACAAUGUAGACACAAAAAAUGCAGAAGAACUUUCACAACAUCAUGAAGCAUCUUCCUCACAGUUUUACAGGAAUACAAGGGAAAAUGUGUUCACUUCCGUCAUAGGCGCCAUUUUUGAUUAUUUCAAAGGAAAGUCUGGUAAUAGCUCCAGAGAUACCAAAUUAGUUACGCAGGAGGAUUACGUUUGGAAAGAUGGCAAAGACAAUAAAACAAUUAACUUAAUUACUAUUGAUGGAUUAAAUUCUUCAGUUAUAAACAAACAAAUCGAUAAAAAUAGUUAUAUAGUUGGCCAUGGCGCUGGCAGAGAGUCGUAUGAAACACCAGAACCGUUACUUGUUCAUAAUAUCUCUUUCAAUACAGAUUCCAUAGCAAAUGAAAUCAACGUUGAAAGGAAUGGUUCAUACGUGCAUGUAAGUGGUUUUAUAGAAAAUGUGACAGAUGUUCUAGAUGAAAAGAACCAAGAUUAUCGACAUGGUACUAAAAAUGAAAUAAUUUCCAACGCCAUCAAUCUAUAUGGAAUAGCCAUACCACCUACCGAUACAAAUAUUAAUUCCCUGCAUGAUAAAGAAGACACAAAUAACGGAAAAAUUGAAGAGGUUGGUAAUUAUAUAAAUGCUCAGUUUACUCAAAUAGAAGAACUGUCAAAUAAAAAAUCAGUUGUCAGGACAGGUAAACAUCAGGUAGCUAUAGGUCGAAAAGAUUUGAUGGAAAUUUAUCAGCAUACAAACCAUCACAACGUCAUCCAUCAACAGAAAACGGAUUCAUCGACUAAAAGGAACAACGAAAUCACCUCAAUUAAUCAUAACAAUGACAGUGUGAAGGAAGGACCUGCAUUCAGUUGGUUGUCUGGUAAAUCAGCGGAAGUAAGAAACUCCGGAACUAUGUUUGUUCCUACUUUUGAGGCUAUUGAUCCGAUAGAGCAUUCUGGGAUACAUCGUCCGGCAUUAGCGUUUGCAAAAAAUACCAAUAGUGUGUCACGAAAAAGGAUAAAAAAGAAAAAGCGAAAGAAAAGUAAAAGAAAAAGUAAAACACGCUUACGUAAAACAAAGACAGAUCAUACUAAAAAAGAAACGUUAUCUCAACCCGUAACUAAGUCAAUUCAAAAAUCCAAAACUACGUCCAUAAAGCCGAUAUCACAAUCCAAAGUUAAGUCGAUUCAGUCGGCCGUCGAACCAAGAAAAGAUGUUUCAAAAGUCUCCAAUUCGUUUAACCAGCUAGAACAGUUGGUCAACCUGGUAAUGUCUACUAAGGGAAAACAAAAACAUCAGAACGUUCAGCUGAAAAAGAAACAAAGACAAGAUGUUCCGAAAGUCUCAAAUAAAUAUAACAAACUAAAACAAUUGGUCUCACUUGUGAAGUCUGUAAAGGAACCAAAAGCAUUUGGAGAAACUCAUAAAAGCGCUAAAUUCCGAACAGACGUUAAACAUGUGUUCGGAACUUUAGGCAAAAAAAAGUUGCAACAAGGAGCAGAAAGGAAAAUGAAACCACUUGCUAAUUUCAUACCAAAGUCAUACGGAAUCAACAUUAAGUCUGCAAACAAAGAAUUAAAAGUUAAUGAGCAAAAAUAUCAAGUACAUAAACAGGCGAAACCUAGUAUAAAGAGGAUAUUGAACGCCAAAAGAUACCAGAUUAAAUCCUCGAACCAUAAAGGUAAGCAAAACCUUAACUACAUAGUAACAUCAAAAGGCGAUAGUGUUUCAAAAACAAAUAAUACUACACUUCAAUUAGAUCCCGAUUAUAUUGUUACUGGAUCAAUGGAUUUGAAUGGAACAAAUAAUCAUCUCUUCACAAACGAAAAAGGACAGACAUCUACGCAUAAAUUUGCUUCACAUAUUAUAAAUGACUUGGUUCAGCGUGGUUUUCUUGAAGAGAACCAUGCUUCCGGUAUGUCGACUGCACCCGGUUCACCUCUAAAAAUAUCAAAGCCAAACGCCAAAUUCAUAGAUGAACAAUUCAGAAAACCUAACAACAAACAUUCGAUCAAAAUAUUACCCUCUUCACAAACACCAGAACGAGACUAUUUCAAAAUUUCUCCUCGAUCCACCAAUUCCGAUUAUUCGGAAGUGAUACAUUCAACCGUCGAACCUGUCCCUUCUCCAAAACCAUCUGUUAUCACGGAAUUAAUGAAAAUGGGCUUCAUAGACAAAUAUACUUUACCUAUAAUUGACAUCAGGAAGUCAAAUGAUACACAUAUUAAACCAGAAACAGGUUCAAGGUCAAAGUCAAACAGUUCACAAUAUACUGUUUUAGAAACCAAAGAGAAAGCAAACAACUUCAAUGAACAGACAGUUAAUGGUUACAUAGCCUCGAAAAAAAUCGUAGGUAAAAAAGGAAAAAACAAACCAAAAGAGAAAAACAUGAAUGAACAAAAUCCGAAUGCACAAAAUCUUUUAUCAAAGGAUUUAAAGAUUCUUGAUUUAUUAAAAAUGGGAUUCAUCGAUAAGGAAACUUUAUCAUUAAUCGACCUAAUUAAGUCUAAUGUUACUCGUGUUACUCAAGACAUAGACAAAGCUGAUUUAGAGGUAACAAAAUCCCUCAGAGAAAACUUCCAAUCAAGUGCUAAGGUGCUAAUUAACUCAAAAGCUACUGAACAAAAUCAUAUAUCGACUUCAAGUAAUAUAGAUAGUACUAAAGAGAGUAACAAGAAAGAAGGCAUGCAAACAAACAAACAAAUUGUUCCGUCAGACUUUAAACUUUCAAACAUUCUCAAGGGCGAUGCAAAGACAAUAACAGAUAAUCAAAAACAUAGAGAAAAUAAUGAAAAAACAAUUUCAAAGGAUAACAAAAUUUUGGAAUUAAUGAAAAUGGGCUUUAUAGAUGAAGCCACAUUACCAAUUAUCGAUCUAACCAAAUCUGAUGUCAUUAAAGUAACAUCCAAAACUGGCGAUUUAGAAUUAAAAAGUACAAAAGAAAAUAAACAAAUCAACCGAUUAAACUCAGAACGUGUUAAUAUCGUAAAUAGAGACGAACAGUUGAUGUCGAAGGACAAAACAACUGGAAAGAUCUACAGUCAGUCAGAGCUGAUAGAUUUAGUUUUAAAGGAUGGGACAGAAAAGUUAAAGGACAUAGAGGUUAGAGAACACGAUAAGCAAACUCAAGAUACAUCUAACAUAGAAGGGGAAGCCCCAUUAAAGACAGACAAAGUAAAUAAAAAAUAUAAUUCGUUAAAAUCAAAGAAAUUACCUAAACGUAAAACAAAAUUGAAAUUUAACGAAACGAUCGAUUCAACACAAAAUGCUCACUUACAAUUCAACAAGUCAGUCGACGUGAACGAUAAGAAGAAAGGAAAGAUACAAGAUACAAUAAUCAAUAAAGAAAAUAUUAUCAUUAAAGAUGUUGAAUCUGACAAUGCAAAUACUCAAUUACAAUUAAACAUGUCACAAGCUGAAAGGCAAAUCAACCAAUCACGGAAGUCCUUAAAUAUAAAGAAAAUAGAUCAUCAACAGUUUAUAGCUUCCAUAAUCAAGAAACAGAAGAAAAAAUGGAAAAAGAAAUCAAGAAGGCGUAUGAAAAAUAAAACCAAAAGCCGGAUACAAACGAGUAAAGAAAACCUGUCAAAGUUUGUAAUAGGUGCACAAACGAACGAAUCAGUAUUAGAAUUUGAAAAAUCAGCGAGAAUGAACGUAAUCGCUAAAUCGGAAAUAGGAACUCUUGACAAUGAAGACGUGAAAGAUCAACUAAAAUUUAAUAAUUCCUUUACAGGUUCACCAAUGAAUCUUAAAGACAGUUUACAGAACGCACCUAAAAAAGCGAAAAAAUCACGAAGCAGAAAAAAAAAGAAAACACCUAAUGAAGAUAAAAGUAAGAUAGCAAAUAGUAAUGUUAUAAUAUCGGAAACGGACGAUUCUAAUAACACAAAAACAAAAAAUGAAGAUAUUAUAAUUGACGAAACUAAUAACAUAAAUAACGAAUCAUCUUCAUCAAGGGCUUUGAAAAACAAAGAGAAAAAUAAAAAUCUUUUCUUAGAAAUAAAAGAGCUAGGAGGUCUUGAAAAAGUAUUACAACCGCUGGAUAAAAAAACAUUUGAUGGAAAUCCUAGAACUGAGACUAAUAAUAUAACAUCCGAGCAAGCAUAUCAAAAGCAACCAAUGAAAAAUGAAAGUAAUUCCUCUGAUCAAAAAUCGGACAAAGACGAUCACACUGGUAACACGACUGAUUCAGGAAAUGUUGGCGAAGAGUCAGUUUUAAAAACUUCGUCACUUGAGGGACAACAAAAAUCGCCAACCAAAAUUAAAAACAAACUUUAUUCGGAUAAUGUUAAAUUAACAAUUAAACAUAAUGGACAAAGUAUAAAGACUAUUCUCCAGAGGAUAAACGAUUUGAAAAGUAAAACCUUAGAAUCAGAGCUACUUUUAUCGUUAGCUUUAGAUCAGUUGUCUAAAUCUGGAAAUGUGGAACGUGUGGUCAAAACUGACCACAAUGUUUUUCCUAUUAAUACAUCACUAAAAUCUUUGACUGAAAAUUUAACGUCACCAUUGAGUCUUGACCAAACUAUUGAAGCAACUAAUUUACUUUCAGCUGAAAACAAAGAAAUGUUUUUUGAGACAGAUUUGACUUCGCCUGUAUCACAGUCAGCCGGUAACAAGAAUAUUAAAAUAAGGAAAAUGUCAACCUCAAAGUUACCUUCAAAGGAAGAUUUUCUAGAUACACAGAAGUUAAAUCCACAUGCAAUAAAAGGAAUUCCUAAGUCGUUACUGAAACACGAUGUAGAUAUGAUCAUUCAAAAAACUGUUUUAUCAGGUAGAAAGACGAAAACAUCGAAAAAGGUGACCGGCAAAUCGACGAGACCUAAAACAAAAACUAAAAAGACCAAAGCGGUCACAUCGUCGAAACAUAAAUCUAAAGAUGACAGAAAACUACUUCCGGUUAACCUAAAUACGUUAGACUACACUAGUCAAACCAAUAUAAACAAUAGUGAGCCGUCAAAACUGGAUUUACAUUCAGAAUCGGAAAUCAUAAAAUCAAAUGAGCACCUAAAAACUGUGAAUAUACCAAUGUCUACAACUUCCAAAGUAAAUUCAACAUCUCAAAGGUCUGAAAACACCGAUAAAAAUGAAGUGAAAUAUGAAGAAGGCGAACAAUCCCUGAAGUUGUCGAAUCAAAAUGAAGAAUCAACAAAUGAUACUACGAAAAUUACAAAGCAUGAACGUAAAGAAAUAUCAGAAAUAGGAGAAGAGGAUUCUACAAUUAAAUCAAAGAAGACAAUUAGCAAAGAUAUAUCGCCGACAAACAAAUCGUCUUUAUCAAGCAGGGAUUCAACACUUCAUGCUACAAACAUACCAAAUAAAAAACAGCAGACUGUGAUAUCGGAACUAAUCGUUCCUAACCAAAUGCUGUCUGAUAAAUCAUCGGAUAAGUUGCCUCCAAUCAAAUCAGGUUCUUUAAUUAACAUAAAACAAAGGGAACAUCAAACUCUUUCGAGAUUAAAUACAUCACAGCACGUCUAUACAAACAAGACAACGACCUCAAUCUCGCCACAACAGACCAGAAACGAAACUUUGCUGAAUGAAAAUGAAAUGCAAUCAAUUAAGAUACAAAACUUGAUGAACCAAACUUUGGACGGUGUAGAAACAAAGCAAGUUUCAUCUUCAGAAAUCUUAGAUACAUCAGUUAUUGAUAAAUCACCUCUUGAAAACACUUUAGAUGUACAAGGUAAUCAAGAAAGUGUUGAUUCCAACAUUACCAUGUGGUCAACUGAAACUAAAGACAACAGUACAAGUUUGGCCGAUAACGAUGAAAAAAAUACUGCAGAAGUUUUUCAAGACAACUUACCAACUGUUGAAAGAAAUAUCAUAAAAACUCACGAGGAUUUAAAGGACAGAUUAACACCAAGAGACAGAAAUGUUUCAAGGAGUUCUACUGAAAAACAGACUCGGCAAAAUUUAAGCGAUAGAAAUGAAUCUAAAACUACAAAAGGUAAUAAGGGCAAGAUUACAAUGGUUGAAACAGUGACAUCCAAAGAACAUUCUGAUAGGGUAUUGUUAGGCGAUAGAAACGUUACAAAAACUACCAAGGAUGAAAAUGAAAAUGAUUUUAUAAAUCAAAAAAAGGAAAAUGAUUUUAUAAAACAAAAAAAGGAAAAUGAUUUUAUAAAACAAAAAAAGGAAAAUGAUUUUAUAAAACAAUUGCGAGAUCUCAAAGAAAGAAUGAUGUCUGAGGCAGCAAAUGAUAAAAGCUCUACCGUUAACAGUGAGGACAGGUUAUCCUCCGUAGAUAUAAUGGUAAAGGGGAGAAAUAUGAAAAAAGAAGAAAAUGCUUCGUUACGAACGAGUGUUGCACCAAAAUAUGAAUUACAUUUAAAUGGAGAAGGUGCUUUACAAUAUAACCAUUCCCCAUUAGUUUCUAAACCAGAUUUAGUAGAUAUGUACAAAGAGAUGAAUUAUUCUGAUCCGAAAUUAAAAGUCCCGGAUACAUCUUCUUACAAUAACCGCAGGAAUAAAAAAUAUCCUCAAAUACAUUCAGUACCUUCAGGCCGGGGGAAAGUCAACUCCGUGUCUUAUUCUGCAAUCUUACGUUCAUUUAGAAAGGAAGGGGGAAAUCAACCAAUGUUAAAUAGACCUAAUAUAGUGGGUGAACAAUUCUUAGGCGCAUCCUCCCAAUUCGAUUAUCCUACUUCAACUUCACAACAAAAUUUGGUUCUAGCAGAACAACAGGGAACAACCACAACUGUACCAACAAGUGUGGACUCUAGCGGUUUGGUAUCGGCCCGAGUAGACCAAACAGAAAAUACAAAAUGGGCGUCACUAGCUUCCGGCAUAAUGCAACGCGACAAGAAAGCUCCAGGUGUUGUAAUAGAUAAUAAAAGAACAUCGAUUGUUGGGGGCAAACAAUGGCCAGCAUUAGUAGCACAACAUUUGCAAUGGACUGAUACUGCACCAAAUUCUAUGUCUUUAUCCAUGGGUCAUAAUACGGACGGCAGAUAUAUUAGUGACCCAUUCACAGGAAAAGAUAGGCAUAUAGGAACAAUUGAUAAAGUAAAUAGUGGUAUGCAUCUCAACGGAAAAGGGGUUUCAAAUUUAAGGCCAAAGCAGAGAAAAACAGUAGACAAUGACCAGCAAUUCGAAAAUAUUUUAAAUUCACUUGUUGAUGUAGCUAUGGAAUCGUCAUAUUUAGCACAAGAGCAACGUGGUGGUAUUGUAGACCAAACUAUGGGUCGAGUUGUUGACAAAGCAAUCAAAACACAAACGAGGAAAGGCAAUCCAGCGACUCCAAUGUAUAGCAAAUGGGAUCGCCAUGGUACAAUGCAUAAUAACGAUAGAGAUAUGAUAAAUAAUUAUAGAAUAAGCUCAGUGCCAUUGCCACAAAAUAUAGAUAGAAAUCCUAAUACAGACGUCAAUAGGAUAAAAGAUCAAAAUUCGGUUGAUUUAUCGUUAGGAUAUCAACAAACCACGUCUACACAACCACCUAAUCUUUUUAUGUAUGGCAAAUCCCAAAAUUACUGGUGGCACGACCGCCAGGUAAGAGGACCAAGUGAUGUCUUGACGUUUUCAGGAGCAAAUCUUCCCUUAAAUAGUAUGCGGCGAAGAAUAGGCAAUAAACCUGUGAACUCAGUAAAAUCUACUAUAUUAAAUUCAAAAGUUUCAAAGGCGGAUAUUAAUCGCUCCAGUCCUCGCGUUCGUAAUGACAGAAUUUUAAAGGUAGCAACAGAACCAGACAUUGUAUUACUCAACAGGAAACCAGACAUUGGAUUACACAGUAGUGAACCAGGCAUUGAAUUACACAGCAGGCGAGCGAUUGAUUUACAUAACAAAGAAGAGAUCCAGACAACGGAUGUUAAUUUAAACAACAAACCCAGUCAAAUCUAUUCUAAUAUUGAAUUACCAGGCUUGAAAGCGCCAGGAUUACAAAUACGUUCAAUGGAAACUCCGAAGAAAAAGAACAUACAAUUUGGCGGUCUUUUUGUAGCACAAAAUGCAGCAAAUGAACAACAAGAACGGAUAAAGAUGCAAGAUGAACCUAAUAGGGCCAUUAGACCACAUCAAAGGCUCACUAAUAAGAAAACUAUUCAUCUAAUGCCUGGUAUACUUGGCGCACAUGAUAUUUUAUCUCUACAAAACCAACACAAUUCUCAACCUGAUGUAACUGAUUUACACACGCCAACUGUUCCCUAUUCAAGGUUGGUGCCGCAAAAUCAAUACCACAACACAAUACCAGGUACACCAAAUUAUGGUUUUCCAUUUGAAAUGAGUCUUCUGCAGUUCCAGCAUGCAAGAAAUCAGGGUACACGCCGAAUACGUGUUAGAUCUCCACAGGAAAUGGCGAAAACCCAGAUUCAUUACGAUGCUGGUCUAGCAAAUAAGGUUUCCAGCAAUAACUUGAAUCCAAACGAUUAUGCCUACGAGUACCCUGGCCAACCACAUGAAGUAGUCGUUAAUAUUAAUAUAAUGAAAAAUCUGUCAAACGUAUGUGCCCCUGACGAACGUUUUACCUGUAAUCCGGUUGAAAAUAACGUAGCGGUGUCUGAACUACGUUCCUUGUGUAUAUCGAGCUGUAAUCAGGGAUACUGUCCUGUCGAUAAAUGUUCGUGUUUCUGUGUUUCUUUGACAACCCUUGAUGUUAAGAACAUUAUAGUCGAGUCGAACAAAGUAGUACCUUCGAAACAGACAAACUUAUUGGGACAUAUACUCGAAAACUCAGGAACCAAUACUCCAAAGCUUCCAAAAACAGUAAAUAUUAUCGGUAUGAAUUCUGAUAUCUCUGGAACCACUUCUCCUAAGAAUUCAAACACAAUGAAUAUAAUUGGUAUGAAAGCUGGAAACUUAGGAACCGGUUCUCCAAAGCCUUCAAAAACAGUGAAUAUCAUCGGUAUGAAUGCUGAAAACUCAAUAAACGGUUUUCCUGCGCCUUUUAAAACAGAAAAUAACAUUGGUAUGAAUGCUGAAAAUUUAGGAACCGGUUCUCCUUCGCCUCCAAAAACAGUGAAUAUCAUUGGUAUGAAUGCUGAAACCUCAGGAACUGCUCCUCCUACGCCUUCCAAUACUUUGAAUAUGAUUGGUAUGGUCAGAAGUAAUCCUCUGCCGCACGAGGUUCUACAAAUACCAAGAGUGACAUGUACCGUAACAAGUCUGUUUUUGUCUAUAAAAGGAAUGAUAGAUUGGUGUAAUACUGAGUGUAAUAUAAGUUUAAAUAAUUGCCCUAUGCAUAUUUGUGAUUGUCAAUUCAUUUUAUAGGAUGUAUUUAUAUUGUAAUGAGCUUUCAUGUAGAUGUGUGGCGGUUUUUAACAAGAACAGUUUUUAUGUCAUGAAAUUGAAGAAAACAAAUUAACAUCAUUGCUUGAAAUUGAUUUAUAAAUUAAUUAAAAAUUUUAUAUCGUU